AUGACUGGAAAUAGGCUGGCUACUUCACACACUAGCUUAACAGAACCUGAGACUCCCCACCCUUUACAGGUGUCCACUAGCUUAAUGUUAACUAGGGUCUCCGGCCGCAAGCGAGACCCAGAAGGAAGGGAAGGGCUUUGCAGCGCCGGGCGGGCGGGGAGGGCUGGCCUCCCUCUGGGCGUCCAGCCAGGAGCGGCGCUGUCGCCGCAGCCUGCCGGGGAGGGGAGGGGGGGGACUCUUGGUGGGCGAGCGGCGGAGGCGGCUCUUCGCCUCCUGACGCCGCCGGCCGGCCGGCCGGCCGCUAUGGCCCAGCCCAAGAUUAGCAGCAGCAGCGGCAGCAGCAGCCGCAGCUUGAAGGGCGGCGGCGGCGGCGGCGGCGAAGCGGGCGGCGGGCAGGGGGGAGGCCGCUUCUGCCGCUCCACUUCCAUGGCGGACCGCUCCAGCCGCCUGCUGGAGAGCCUCGACCAGCUGGAGCGGAGGGUUGAAGCCUUGCGGGAUGCAGCAUCAUCAAUGGAACAAGAAAAAGAAACUCUCCUGGAAAUGAUCCAUAAUAUACAGAACAGCCAAGAUAUGAGGAAUAUUAGUGAAGGUGAAAGAGAAGAGCUCAGUCUGACUGCCAAACGUCUGAUGGGCAGGACCCUCACAGUCGAGGUUUCUGUAGAAACCAUCCGAAAUCCCCAGCAGCAGGAAUCUCUGUUUCACGCUACGCGGAUGAUUGAUGAAAUAGUCAGCAAACUCUUAGAUGACUUAGACGACUCCAAGAGCCGCUUAAUGUCACUGUAUGGGGCCUGUACAUCUGAGGUGCCAUCUGGACCCAUUGAUCAGAAGUUCCAGUCGGUUGUAAUUGGAUGUGCUAUAGAAGAUCAGAAGAAAAUCAAGAGACGGCUAGAGACAUUACUAAGGAAUUUAGAAAAAUCCGAAAAAUCCAUCAUGCUCUUAGAGCAUCAAAAGGCAACUACAAGGCACCUCUGCAACAAUGUAAAAGAUUAAAUGCUAUCCCCGUUUCCACAAAGCGCACAAAAACAAGGA